AUGGAGAAAGAAAUAAAACCCGAAGAACUAAUUCCAUUAGUUCACGAAAGAGCAGUCCUUUGGGAUAAAACUUUAAAUGACUACAAAAAUAAUAAUCUGAAACUAUUGGCCUGGCGCGAAAUUUGUACCAUACUAAUGCCUAAUUUUGAAAACAUGGAAGAAAAAGAAAGACAACAUUUCGUUGCUAGACCUAAUCCUCCUCAAGAGUCUGUUGCGUCGCGUAUAUCUCAACCAGGGACAGAAGGCAGUACUCAGUUGUCUGAAAAUUCGCAACCAAGCACUUCUAAAAGACAAAAGACCAUGCCACCACAGCAACAUAUAAUGGACUUAGAUGUCAAAAUGAAUGUCAAUCAAUAUCCUCGUUGGGUUUUUAACGCCGAUGAGACAAGAUUCCAGGCAUGCCCUUUAACUGGACGUGUUCUCGCUGCUAAAGGUGACAAAAAUGUAUAUGCCGUGCAGCAGGCAAAUGCUAAGGAAAGCGUAACCGUUCUCUUUGUUUUCUCUGCUCACGGUAUAACAUGCCCUCCAUUAAUAGUAUUUUCAUAUAAGCGGUUAGCCAAUAUGGUAGCAUCUUCGGUACCGCCAAAAUUGGGUAUAGGCCGUAGUGAUACUGGUGGAUGA